AUGUCAAAACCAACAACGCCUAGCGAUGCUCCGAAAGCCGAUGAGCCAGAUUUCUAUCAGCUGUUAGGCGUGGAAAAGUCGGCUUCCGAAGCCGAAAUCAAGUCGGCCUACCGAAAAUUAGCCCUUAAAUACCAUCCGGAUCGUAAUCCAAACGAUGUACACGCUCAAGAGCAGUUCAAAAAGGUCUCUAUUGCCUAUUCGGUGCUCUCGGACCCCAAUAAGCGAAGACAGUACGAUGUGAGUGGUCCGUCAGAGAAUCAGCUGGAUUUUGAGGGUUUUGAUGUGUCGGAAAUGGGUGGAGUUGGCCGCGUUUUCGGAGCCCUCUUCAGCAAACUCGGAGUCCCAAUUCCCACUCAAAUCGUCCCCAAAGUCCUCGCUCAAGCUCGCCAAAUCUGUCUGGGGCAGGAAAGUGACAUCCACGCAAGGCCGCUGGCCCCAGGAGACACUGUUACAGCUUCUGUGAGCAAGCAACAUGCGCAUUUCUAUGAGAUCAAUAUGCUGGAGGACUUUAGAAAGAAUGGAGUGGCGAUCAUCUGCAAAAGCUCGUCGUCCAAAUUCAAGCUAGUGCUUUUCGAUAAGGAAGGAGGUGUGCGGAUGAUUCAGGAGUCCGGGAAACGUGGAAAAGCUGGAACCCAAGCGGAUAUGUUCUUUGUGCCUUACAACGUCGCGAAUAUUCAAGAAUUCAACCCGAUGAAGUAUCAUUUGGAAGACAAGGAUACGCCGAUAGCUUUCCACUAUUUGGAUUCGUUUGAAAUGCAAACGGCGACACUUUUGGAGACCCGAAAACACUAUAUUGCUGUAUAUGGUGACAAUUGGAUAAGCGAUGUGAAGUACUCUAUAACCUUCUUACCGGUGGCGGCAGCUGCUAACGAGCAGCUUGUGGAGAUUCAGGACACCGAAAAGGCGAUAUCCGUGAUAAAAAAGGAAAUGCUAGACUUCCAGAGAGAAUUCACAGAAGCUAAGCGCAAAUACGAUGAGGCGGUUGCUAAGCUCAAAGUGCAGGACGACGUUAUCCUGAAGGCCUUGUCGACCCGUGAGGAUCUCUACAACGACGUCGUCAGGCAGUCUCAGGAGCCGUAUAACAAGAAAGUGUCGCCGUCGAAAUCGUCCGGCGGAUUUUUGGGCGGAUGGUUUAAAUAA